CUUCGGGUUUUUCGAAAUUGUAUGCAACUCGCUGCUCGUGCAACACGCGCGUCAUCGUCGUCUGAUGGCGCGUUUUGUAUCCAAUAUUAUACGCGCCCAACAAUAAAACAAUCAUCAUCCACAUCGCCGCUACUAAACGACCGCUCCCGCUAUCAUAAUAAGACGACACGGUGAUCCGGUGAUCGGCGACCGAAAUUAUGUGACCAGUGAUUCUGUGAUUUUUGUGAUUUUUUUAAUUUUUUUCAUUUUGGGUUGAGUCGGAAAAUUUGGGAAUUAUGGCGAUCAACUUCUCGGCCUCGUUCGCGGCUUGUCUGGCCGCGGGACUCAAAGUGCCCAGGCAGAUCAUGUACUGCAUCUCACAAGACACAGCGGCACCGUACGUCCUCUACAAGGAUGGAAUGGACAGGGCGCAAACGCAAUGGGGACCGCAGGACGUUUAUCCUCCCCCGCAGCAACAGCCGACACCCCAAGGGGCGGCCAGUCCUCCCCAUCAGGCGAUGGUACCGACUCCGGUGCCGCCCUUGGGGGUCGAAGCUGACGCUGUGACCUCGAGGGAUCAAGUCAGCAGCCUGCCGUCCCCCGCCCCGUCCCCUUAUCCUGCCACGCAAGCAGAACCUGGUCGCGACGACACCGAUCCGAUCCAGCAACCUCCAGAGGCGCCUCCGACGAUGGACUUGGAACCGAGACCUUCGUCGCAAUGUUUUCCCACAGCCACCGACCUGGUGGUACAACAGCAACAGCAGGCGGCCCAGCAGCAACAGCAACAGCAGCAGCAACAGGCGGCCAUCACCGCCGCCCAUCAGCAACAGCAAGCUUAUCAGCAGUACGCGCGCGCCCCUCCUCCUGCUGCUCCACCUCCCUCGGUCCCUGGUGUACCACCUCACAUGUUGGGCGCGAAUUUUUCAGCCCUUCAGUAUCUUAAGCAACCAGGGAUGAUGCUGAGCAGUUUGGGACCCGAUGGAGGUGGUCAAUUGGACCAGUAUACUUCCAACAUGCAAGACGCGAUGAGGGGCGCGUCCCUACCGGACGUCAUACAGCAACAGCAGGCCAAUUUGAAGAAGGCGACCAACGGUUUAAGCGGCGAACUGAGGCUCUUCAAGUGUCUUACUUGCGGGAAGGACUUUAAACAGAAGAGCACCCUGUUACAGCACGAGCGCAUCCACACCGACAGCCGACCGUACGGAUGUCCGGAGUGCGGCAAACGUUUCCGGCAGCAGUCGCACCUUACGCAGCACCUGCGCAUCCACGCCAACGAGAAACCGUACGCGUGCGUCUACUGCGAGCGCACCUUCCGGCAACGGGCGAUCCUGAAUCAGCAUCUGCGCAUACACUCGGGUGAGAAGCCGUACGAAUGUCCGGAGUGCGGGAAACACUUUCGGCAGAAGGCUAUUCUCAACCAGCACGUCCGCACACACCAAGACGUGAGCCCGCACCUGGUGUUCAAGAACGGGAUCAACCCGACCCUCUGGCCCCAAGACGUACCUUUUCCUCCCGACGAGGGUAAAGAGGAGGUCACCUCCACUUACGGAGACAACGAGAACGGACCGAAUAACGAGAGGACCAACUGUUUCUCCCCUAACGGGGUUGUCGGCAAUUUACAGUAUCCUGCUUACUUUAAAGACGCGAAAGGUAUGAACCAUUCGGUAUUCGGUCCGGGUCCGAACUUCAAUCCUCUGCAGUAUCUCAAGCAGGGCCAGGGAGGUGGUAAGGGAUUGCCAGACAUCAUCCAGCACGGUCGAUCGGCGGGGAUGCCGCUAUACGUUCGCUGCCCCAUCUGUCAGAAGGAGUUCAAACAGAAAAGCACGUUGUUGCAACACGGCUGCAUACAUAUCGAGAGCAGGCCGUAUCCUUGUCCAGAAUGCGGGAAGAGAUUUAGACAACAGAGUCACUUGACGCAACACUUGAGGAUACACACCAACGAGAAGCCUUACGGAUGCGUGUACUGCGGUAGGAACUUUAGACAGCGCACCAUAUUGAAUCAACAUCUGCGCAUCCACACCGGUGAGAAGCCGUAUAAGUGCACGCAGUGCGGGAAAGACUUCAGACAAAAAGCGAUUCUGGAUCAGCACACGAGGACGCACCAGGGCGACAGACCGUUCUGUUGUCCGAUGCCUAACUGUCGGCGAAGGUUCGCCACCGAACCAGAGGUGAAGAAGCACAUUGACAACCAUAUGAACCCACAUGCAGCGAAAACUAGGAGGGACUCAACGAGUUCCGACGGAAAGUUGCAUACAAAUGGGAUGUUGCCUCGCGGUUUGACGCCCAGUAGUGUGGUAAAGCCGGAACUGUACUUUCCGCAGUGCUAUCCCACCUUCAAUCCUCCCACCAGCGUGGCGCAGUUUCAAGCGGCUAUAAAUCCGGAGUUCAAGCCGGCCAACGGGCUUCCCACCCAGUGACUAACAGCUGGCUGGCAACUGGGGCCUCCGUGUAUAGGUUAGAUGGUCGAAGCCAGCGAAAAAAAUUCAACUUUCCCAGUUGUCAGCUGAUUUAAAGAAGAAAAUGGUCACCGCAACAGCAAGGACUCUUCAGCACGUCGUCCUCGUCGUCGUUAGUUAAGUAAGUCUUUAAGUUGUAUUUAUUUUUAAUGUUUAUUUGCUAGUUAUUUAAGGGAAUAGAAUCUUCUAUAUUAUAGAUAUUUCCCCAUGGUGAAACAAAUGGUGCUGUUAUAAAACAUGUGGUUUAGGGACGCGUUCUGAACGCGGAAAAUUCAUUUAUUUAGGCGGAAAAUGGUCAAUUUGGCUCGUCAAUUACAUUGAAGUUUUUUCUUAAAUAUCCCACUUCUGAGGCAGUGUUCUUGCCUCACUAAAAUCCAGUUUUUUUUCAAAAAGUACUUGGCUAGUUUUGAUAAAAGUUACUGUCCAGUGUGAGGAAGAGUGUUCUCUAUAAGGUUCUUAAAAAUUUAAAGAGAUUUAAUUCAAAGUUUUAAAAAUAUCCCAUGCCUUAAGCUACUGCCUUAGAAUAUAAUUACCAGGAGGUGAUGGCAGCACCUCGAGAGUUAAAACUUGACCAUUUUCCGCUAAAAUAAAGACAAAAUUUGUCUAUAAAACAGAAAUAGUGUUAUUUUUUUGUUGUUAUUAAAAGUGUCCUGAUCACUAGGUGGCAAUACGUUCUGUGCACAACAGAAGCCGGUACUGUUAAAAGUACCGAUUCCCCCUCCCCCCGGGGCGUGGUCCACGGACCGCGUCCUUUAAAAAAAAAACAUUAUUAUGAAUUAUAUUGUUGUAGUACUUUAGGGUUACGAUAUGUGAUCUCUCUUAAAUGUAAAAGCAAAACAAGUAAUAAGAUAGAACUGUUUGACGGGUUCUAACUUAAAUAUGCCAAGCAACUGUGGUUAAAACUUCCAUAUUUUUACAGAGUUAUAAAAUAGUACCUCUACAGAUUAAAUGUUAAAAAGGAACAACUUUUAAAAGUUCGCCCAGUGCCUACGCGACGCAGCUCCAAAGAAACUUGUUUUUUAGUAAGGGCUUGUUAGGGCACACCAACCUUAUCGUCAUCAUCUUCUUUUUCUAUUGCUAUCAUUGUUCUUCUGAUAAGUUUGGGUUGAGCUAACGUGUCCACUAUGUUAAACUUUUGGUCAAACCAUAGCUGCGUUCUAAACCAAUAAUUAAAAAAAAAACAGAAUAUUUUUAAAAGUUGUUCCGGGUGCAAUAGAAACAAACCUAUUUUUAUAAUCAGUUAAACAAUAGUUACACAAUUUAAUUCUACACGGUGUCUUUAUAUUUGGUGACUAUUUUGGUCCCAUUUUAAGCGAAAUAGUUGAUAACAAAAUAUGAUUUUGUUUUUUAAACGAAUGCCUGUAUCAGAUUUUUAACAAAAAAAAUAUGGUGAUGGUACCGGAAACUCAACUCUAUACUUGCCGUUUUUAUACAUAUAUAUUCUAUAUAUACACAACUUGUAUAAGUUAAUAAAGUUUAGCUUUUUUAUACAGGGUUUAUACACCUACAUAAGAUAUACUUUAUUACAUUUUUUUUGGGGUUAGAGGCGGAAAUCUCAAAACCAGCGUUUUUUUCCGUGAGUUAUUUAAUACACUUUUUCGUUCCACAAAUGCAGUGCCUCAACGAUAAUGAAUAGUGAUAAAUAAAACAUAUAAUAUAAUAAUAGUUAUAAUAAUAAUAUUAAUAAUAAUAAUAGACAAAUACUUUAUAAUCAAAAUAUUUUUUUUAUUUAUCAAAGUUUUUAUGAGGAACUAUAUAGGGUUUAGUAGAGAGACUUCCUCGACUUCCUCGAAGUGGUGCAAGGAAUUCUCAAGAAAAACCGUGAUAAUUCCUUAUAAAACUAUAUAAUUUAGUUAACAGGAUUACAGAACCAUAACCUGAAACGGUAGUUUCAGGCACUUUCCGUCCCUAACUCCAAAUCCGGUGUUGGAACUCACUUUUUACCAUGUACACUGCAAUAGAUAUAAACUAUACAAAACAAAAUAAAUAUUAAGGUUUUUUGUUACUGAAACUGUUAAAGUUAUUGUUAAUUUGUCUAAUUUUUACCAAACCAGUUUUUUGGAUUUCGGCAAAAGUUGGAAACUCGUUUCCACGUAAUUUUUUAGGACAAUUGCAAAAAAAAAAUUUAAGUUUAGGUCGUACGCGAGGGGGGUCCCUCACACCCUCGGACUUAACUUUGGAAAUUCACCAUUUUCGGACCCUCCUCGUGCAAAUAGAUGUGUAAAUAUAUAUGAAAAUCCUCUUUAGGUCCCGUCAAAAAUUAUUGAAUAAAUUAUAUUAGCAUAGAGACCAAAAAAAAAACACGUUUUUGGUAUUGUGUAUUAAAUUUUUUACGUUUUUUCUUUAUCAUAUUAUAGAUUUUUUGUAUACGAUUACUUUUAGACAGGUAACAGAAACAUAUACAGCGGUUAUGGUUUAUUUCCGUCUGGUUAAAAAGCCUCACGUUUCACAUACAGAUCUACGAAAUAAAAAUGCAAAAGACUACUGAAAUUUAAAGUUCCAAGACUUUCUAACCAGACUAAUAACAUUUGAGCUACAAGACUUAAAAUCGUGAUAGCUUCUAUCGUUAGUUCUAAGGGUAGUUUUCCUUGUAAAUAGUUUUAUCCCCCUCCAUGGUUUUUUAUUACAAGUGUGUUUUGUUUUUUUUAUUUUUUCUUUUUUAAUUCUUGUAAAACAAUGAUAUUUUAAAGGAAGUUUGUGAUGUGUGAUAUAUCCCAGUUUAAAGGGUCUAAUAAUUGUUUUUUUUUUUGUUUAAUUAUUAUUUAGCUUAAUACGUACUGUAUGCACGUCGUCGGUAGUUAAAAGAAAAUGCACUUAGGACGUUUUUCGCUUAAGGGGGUUCGUUGGGGAAAAACUGAAACCACUUUGGAUCAUUCCAGAUCGACUCUCGAUGGCUUUGGGACAGGCAUUCCAUUUUUUGCAUUUAUUUCUGAACCCCCUGAGGCCGCCACUUUGAAAUUGUACCAAACAUUUUGACCCAUAUUGUACUAAAUUUGCAGUACUACUUUUUUUUGUUUUCAGUAGGGUUUUAAUGAACAACGAACGGUUUUAGGCUUAUUAAACUCGUAUGGGGCAAAAUGUUUCUUCUUUUUUUAUAACUAUAGAUUAACUACCCCUCGUAUACAAAAAUUAUAAAUAGUUUUUAAGGAUUGCGCUUUAAAAAAAAACCUUGUAAGAUACUCUCUGUCUCUCUAUCUCUCUCGCUCUCAUUCAUCAAAAUUUAAUAUUAGACUCACUUCUCAUGUAUGGAUGGUGUGGCGGGGAGGCCUCACCAAAUGUAUAAAAUUUUGAAAAAAAAAUUUUAGCUGUAAAUUUGGAUCUCCAGGAAAAUGUAUUUUACUAAGUGCCAUAGCUUUAGGAUUUUCCAAUUUUUGGAAAAAUCAAAAUAAAAAAGACCCUAGAUCCGUAUUGAAAAGUACGCAAUUUUGUAUUUGAAAUUGUAAUCUAACAGUAUUUUUUUAUUAGGACGAAAUUAUCAAAAUUCUAGUCAGUGUAGCGAAAUUUUUUGAGAAAAAAAAGUGAUAAAUCGUUGAUUAUUUUUUUAAUUUUUCGGAUAUUGUAGAUUGAUUAAAGAUUGUUAUCGGGUUUCGGCAUCGUUGAUUUUUCGUUUAUUUAUUAGCGCGUUAUUGUUAUGGGAAGCAAAUACAAGAUUGUAGAGCGAUAAGUAGGUUUUAUGACCGCUGAAUAAUACUCAGAAGUUUUUUUUCUUAUUUUGAAAAAUACUCCAUACGUAUCACAUUAUUUGGUAGUAGUAUAUAGAAAUUUCCACACAAAAUAGGCCAGGCAGUUCUUCUCCAGAAAAUAACUUACUUAAACUGUUUAGCCAUUUUUGUGCGUAAAAUUCAAGUUUAUUUGAAAUAUGUUGCCACAAGCCUAACAAACGUAAGGGAAAAACCUAAAAUAGAAUAAGACUGGGAUAUUACGAAAUAAACAGGGUUAUUUCACAGAUUCGGUUCUUUUCAGUUCCAAGACAAUCUUUAAAUCGAUAUCGACUCGUCUUUUUCUGAAAUUAGAUUAAAAAUUUGAAAAAGUAUUGCGUCCAGCAUCCUUCAAAAAAUUAAGAGAAUCAUUUCAGUUUCGGUUGGUUUGUUCCGUUUUAUUAAAAACAAAUUAAUAAAUUAUUUAAUAAUUUCCACCAGUACGAACGUAAAUAACCUCAAAUAGUUACUAAGUGCUCAACCACAAAUGUACAAUAGAUUUUCUUUUAUACAAUAAACGCAAUAGGAAAAUGGGCUGGAUUCAUUACGGUUCAGGUAAUGAGUCUGUUUCAUGACAUGUUUUUGCUCAAAAGUACAAAACCUGUAAAUACCGGAAUUGUUUUAUAUUAUAAAUAUAUUCUAAUAGAAAAUGGAGUAUGUGAAUGAAUUGAUUCUCUUGGUAAUGUAUAUUUAAAUAAAUAUGAAUGUAUUUGUUAA